AUGCUUGAGACCGGUGUGCUACCAAGUGUCAUGUACUGUUCCGGAGCUCCCGAUAAGAAGCGAUAUUCGCUUAUCGCUCAGUUGCAUUACGGCCUGCCAGCUUCCCAGAAGGCCACAGGAUGUGGGGGCACUUCUAAAGGAGCGGGUAAAGCGGCAGGACCGGUGGCCGGCGGAGCUGGAGGGAUAGCAGGGUCACCUGCUGGAGGCGGGACCAGUAUGGAGCCGGGCGAGAAGGUAAUUGUAACCAUCGGCGGCCUGAAGCAGGUCAAACUGGAUGUGAUUAAAGAGGGGGAUGAGCGGUACUUCAUCGCAGUUGGGCUUUUCGAAGGCGAUAACCUGAACGAGGUUGUGAACCACAAGCGAAAUCGGACGAAGCCCGUAAAGGGUCAGCGCGUCGGGGAGAAUUAUAUCUGCGCCUUCUCUGGGGAGAAGAUAAUUCUGCCGAUUUCAGACCCGUCGAAGCGAUUUUUGCUGUACAUCGCCGUCGUCACAAUAUCCAAGGGGACAGACGAUCAGGGCAAGACAUUCAAGGAUAUAUCACUCAUGGGUAUCGGGUUCUCACAAGCGUUCGAGGUCAAUGUGUGCAAGAAGUAUCAACAUACCACGGCCGAGCUGCGCCUUGUUGAGGGAGGUGACCCAAGCAUUAACCCGGGAAAGAUUGAAGUUGCGAUUGAUGUUUGUAAAAAGGAGAAGGGAGAGGCAAUACCAGAAGAUGAGGAAGAGAAUAUAAUGGUCCAGUUCCAGGUCUGA